AUGGCGGGUCUCUUCGAUCUCACGGACAAGACCGUAGUCGCGACAGGGGCAACGAGGGGCAUCGGCCAGUCCAUGACAAUAGGUCUAGCCGAAUUAGGAGCCGACGUUAUCAGCCUACAGAGGGACUUGAACAACACGGAAACGCAAAACAAGGUGCUUGCUCUUGGCCGCAAAUUCACAGCAAUCCACUGCGAUGUAUCCAACAACACCCAGGUUCUCCAAGCUAUGCGGGAAGCCUUGGCAUUGACCCGGGUGGACAUUCUAUUGAAUGCGGCUGGCUUACAGCGGCGGUCCCCGGCCCAAGACCUCUCGUAUGAGGCAUACGAGGAAGUCAUGGACGCCAAUCUCUCCGCCACCUUUACGACUUGUCAAGAAGCCGGGAGGUACUGGCUAGACAAGGGCCAGCAAGGCGUCAUCAUCAAUGUAGCCUCCGUCGUCGCUGUGCAAGGAGGUGUCAAUAUGGCGGCCUAUGCCGCCAGCAAAGGUGGUGUACUGCAACUGACGAGAGCAUUGAGCAACGAGUGGGCCGGCCGAGGCAUUCGAGUGAAUUGUGUGUCCCCAGGCGAAAUUGCUACAGAUAUCAACAAAGACGUUCGAACAGAGCCCGAGUAUCGGGACCACUACGACUUUCUCACCAAGCGUAUUCCAAUGGGCAGGUGGGGGGUGGCCGACGAUUUCAAGGGCGUAGCUGUCUUCAUGGCCAGCAAGGCGAGUUGUUACAUGUCGGGAGAGAAUCUUGUCAUCGAUGGCGGUUGGCUGGCAAGAUGA